AUGGGCAUUCUAAACGGCAAUGUUCCUUUAAGCAACUUGCGUUUUAACGACGAUCAUUUACCUACAGAUACUUCUAUAGAUCAAAAACGAACAGAAGAAUCAGUCCUUGAAAAGUUUGUACCUUAUGCUCCGAACAAUGUUCGCAAACUCUCUUUAGAAAGUAUUGAGCUUAACCGAGAUAAACACGUUGCUUAUUUGAAAAAGGGUCUACAAGGACUUGGGCGUUGGGCAGCAGUACUUGAUGCAAGUAAACCAUGGCUAUUAUAUUGGAUAUUACAUGCUUUGGAUUUAUUAGAAUACACUUUUGAUGAUGCAAUGAAGCAAAGAUUGAUCGAUACAUGCAAACAAUGGCAAUUACCUUCAGGUGGUUUUGGAGGAGGAGGAGAUCAAUUAGCUCAUUUAGCAACCACUUAUGCAGCUGUGAAUGCCAUUGCUAUCAUAGGCAUAAAAGAAGCGUAUGAUCUAUUGGACAGAAAGGCUUUAUAUACAUUUCUGAUGCGCAUGAAACAACCUGAUGGAUCCUUUACGAUGCAUGAAGGAGGCGAAAUUGAUAUUCGUGGCUCUUAUUGUGCUCUUUCUACUGCUGCAUUAACCAAUUUGCUUACACCUGAAUUACAAGAGAACUGUAUUGAGUUUAUACAGAAAUCACAAACGUAUGAAGGUGGUAUCGGUCCUUAUCCUGGAAAAGAAGCUCAUAAUGGAUAUACUUUCUGUGGUUUAGCUGCUAUGAAAAUCUUGAAUGGGAUGGAUGCAUUGGAUAUGGACAAGUUAUUGGCAUGGUGUACUGGGCGUCAAAUGAGUCUUGAAGGUGGGUUUCAAGGCAGAACAAACAAGUUGGUGGAUGGUUGCUAUUCUUUCUGGGGUGCUGGCGAUUUCCCUAUUAUCAAUGCAGAACUUCAUAUGGAUGACUAUAUGUUUGAUAGAGAAGCAUUGCAAGAAUAUAUUUUAUUAUGCUGUCAAUCUAACUAUGGUGGUUUGAUAGAUAAGCCUGGUAAAGGAGCAGACUAUUACCAUACAUGCUAUUGUCUUUCAGGUCUAUCUGUAGCACAACAUUCCAUUCAGUAUGUUCCUGUAGAUCAAAUUCAACAAGGUGGCCUUUGCUCUCUUUUAUGGACAUGUAAAAAUGAAUACAUGAUUGUGGGUGAUGUAAACAAUACCUUGGCUGCUUCACACCCUAUUCACAACAUUACAAUGCGAGCAACAAGAAACAUGAUCCAUUACUUCUAUCAACAAGAACUCAAAGACAUUCAACAUUUGUUGCCCUUGGAUGAGGAAGCCUAUGAUGAAUAA